CAAAGUUCCCAAUUAACGUGGGCUGCUGUGUCUGGUGCUGGGUUAUUUUCUCCUAUUUUUCCGUUCCUCGGAGUUUACUAUUGCAGAGAGACACCAGGUCUGUCAUUGUGUCUGUCUUGCUCCCUUCCCACCCUAACCAGAGGGAAACCGAAAAGCAACAGCUGAUGGCAAUCUGCUCCGGCGCUUGCACGCCCCCUCGGCGGCGGUCUCCUGUUGCUUCUCGGAGCUUGACUGCCCUUUGGAAAAAUCUCUCCGCCCCUCGAGAGGAGAGGGGAGCAGAGGACGCGCGCAAGCACGGAGCGGGAGGACGGGCAGGGAGAGGAGGAGAAGGGGUUUGCGCGCGGCCGCUACCCAGAAGCCUGCGGACGGCAGCACGGAGUGGGCUGUCCCCGCGCCCCGCCCCGAGCGAGCCCCCCGCCCCCGCCCCCGCAGGACGCGCCUCCCAGCCAGCCCGACUCCUAGGAGGAGGGGAGGCGGGAAAGCAGCUCAAGCCUCACCCACCGCCCUGCCCCCAGCCCCGCCACUCCCAGGUUCCUCGGGACUCGGCGGGUCCUCCUGGGAGUCUCAGAGGGGACCGGCUGUGCAGAGAACUUCAGCCAGAGCAUCUGAGAUGGGAAGCAGAAAAAGGAUGGGCAGUUAGGAGAGGAAAAGCACAGCUGUGUGUUUGGGCCUUGACGUGGCUAUGGAUGCAGUCGUUCUGACCCCUGGUGGCUGAGAGGUGAAGUGCAGUGGUGGCUGCUUGCUCAAGGCCACGGGGAGGUAGACGCCAUGGAGUUGGUGCUGGUCUUCCUCUGCAGCCUGCUGGCCCCCAUGGUCCUGGCCAGUGCAGCUGAGAAGGAGAAGGAAAUGGACCCUUUUCAUUAUGAUUACCAGACCCUGAGGAUUGGGGGACUGGUGUUCGCUGUGGUCCUCUUCUCGGUUGGGAUCCUCCUUAUCCUAAGUCGCAGGUGCAAGUGCAGUUUCAAUCAGAAGCCCCGGGCCCCAGGAGACGAGGAAGCCCAGGUGGAGAACCUCAUCACCGCCAAUGCAACAGAGCCCCAGAAAGCAGAGAACUGAAGUGCAGCCGUCAGGUGGAAGCCUCCGGAACCUGAAGGUGGCUGCUUGAACCUUUGGAUGCAAAUGUCGAUGCUUAAGAAAACCGGCCACUUCAGCAACAGCCCUUUCCCCAGGAGAAGCCAAGAACUUGUGUGUCCCCCGCCCUCCUAUCCCCUCUAACACCAUUCCUCCACCUGAUGAUGCAACUAACACUUGCCUCCCCACUGCAGCCUGCGGUCCUGCCCACCUCCUGUGAUGUAUCUGUGUGUAUGUGUGUGAGUGUGUGUGUUUGCUGACUGGUCUUCGUGGCUACUUGUUCGUGGACGGUAUUGUGUUUGUUAGUGAACUGUGGACUUGCUUUCCCGGGCAGGGGCUGAGCCACAUGGCCAUCUGCUCCUCCCUGCCCCUGUAGCCCUCCAUCACCUCCUGCUUCUAGGAGGCUGCUUGUUCCCCGAGACCAGCCCCCUCCCCUGAUUUAGGGAAGCGUAGGGUAAGAGCACGGGCAGUGGUCUUCAAUUGUCUUGGGACCUGGGAAGGUUUGCAGCACUUUGUCAUCAUUCUUCAUGGACUCCUUUCACUCAUUUAACAAAAACCUUGCUUCCUUAUCCCACCUGACCCCAGUCUGAAGGUCUCUUAGCAAUUGGAGAUACAAAGCAAGGAGCUGGUGAGCCCAGCGUUGACUUCAGGCAGGCUAUGUCCUUCCAUGGUCAAUUUCUUCCCUGGGGCUUCCACAAGGAGUCCCCAUCUGCCCUGCCCCUUCACAGAGCCCCCGGAGAUUCCAGGCCCAGGGCUUCUACUCUGCCCCUGGGGAAUGUGUCCCCUGCAUAUCUUCUCAGCAAUAACCCCAUGGGCUCUGGGACCCUACCCCUUCCAACCUUCCCUGCUUCUGAGACUUCAAUCUACAGCUCAGCUCAGCUCACCCAGACGCAGACUCCAGUCCCUGCCGUUGGGUCUCUGGCAGGCAAUAGCUGAAGGACUCCUGUUCCGUUGGGGCCAGCACAUUGGGAUGGGUGGAGGGAGAGUAGAGGCCUUUGCUUCUCUGCCCACGUCCCCUUAGAUGGGCAGCAGAGGCAACUCGCGCAUCCUUCGCUCUGCCUGUCGGCAGUCAGAGCGGCGAGCGAGGUGGGUUGGAGACUCGGCAGGCUCCGUGCAGCCCUUGGGAACAGUGAGAGGUUGAAGAUCAUAACAAGAGUGGGAACUCAACCCAGAUCUCGCCCCUCCUGGCCUCUGUGUUCCCGUGGAAACCAACCAAACCGUGCGCUGUGACCCAUUGCUGUUCUCUGUAUCGUGAUCUAUCCGCUCAACAACGACAGAAAAAAGGAAUAAAAUAUCCUUUAUUUCCUAGUG